UGUGAAAGACAGUAUAGCCGCGAAACCGAGUGAAAAUAUAUAUAAAAAUAAAAGGCAAAAGCCGACUGGAAUUAGCUAGCUAGCGAGCUAGUCAGCCAGCCGGCGCGGAGCUCGACGCUGAACUCCAGUUUUAUUUUUAUUAACCAGCUUUGAGAGAUUCUUGGUGAGAAAUGUAGAGAUAAUGUCAUGUCUGCCGGCGUUAAUAAGGUGCCUGAAAAUUGCAGCGAGAUCCGGGGGCUCCGUGAAUGCAGCGUGUGGCCUUGAGCUGCUCGGGCACGAUCCCGCAGGAUCGGGUGUCUGUCACAUUAUCGACCGGUCCACCUCUUCCUGGGACCUUCCGAAUCAAGCUUCGCUCUUGCACAGGAAAAAAUCUUAAAGGUGAUCCUACGAGGGACAGAUUCAGGACCAAAAAUAAAUAUCCAAUUGAGCGUCAGCUCAUUACACUGAAAUUUGGUGUACUCUUGGAUUGAGACCAAGCCGGAGGAAAAGAGUUCUACUUAUAGCCAGAGAGAUUUGGGUUUGGGGCAGUGGGUGAGUUUUUAUGCCGACAGACUCAGCAGGACACCGUGACAUCCAGAGUAUCUAACGAUCCGGAUUCUCCAGCGACUGAGAAGGAGUUCGACAAAGAGCUGCCGUAUCACAUUCAUCCGCUACACUAGCCUGCUGCGUCUGCUGCUAAUGGCAGGUGUCUCAGCAGCAAGCCGGGUGAAAAGGGAACUCUGCGUGCACUGGAUUGUACCCAACCCUGCAGGUUGGACUGGCUCAGCCGAGUCGGGAGAGGGAACCCCACUCUCCACAGUUACAAAAGGCUCCCCAACUGGACUGUUUUGUUCAGAGAGCCUUUCCUGGCUCACAGGUCUGGAUGAUCUCGCAUGAGUCCCGUGUCCUGGAAGACAAGUGGUGACAUCAGCUUGGCCGCAGCUGAAGGACGGCUUGUCUUUCCUUCUGAACAUCUUGCCUUGUAAUUUUUAUUUUUAAUUCCCUCGCAAAAGUACCCAGUUUGGAGGACAGAUGCUCAUUACGGAAGGUUACUUUGAUUAAGAACACUCGCGGGCUUAAGGAUCUACCAUCACACCUGAGCCAAGACUUUGUUUGGUGCUGGAGGGAGGGGUUUAAAAAAAAAAUAGAUUCCUGCUGUUUACCCCUCCUUGGUGAAUCAGACAGGAAGUGCACAUCUGACUGGGGCGGCAGGACAGAAUGAAGCUGAAGAAGCAGGUGACCAUUUGUGGCGGGGCCAUUUUCUGCGUGGCUGUUUUCUCCUUGUAUCUGAUGCUGGAUCGCGUCCAGCAUGACCCAGCAAGGCGCCAGAACGCUGGCAACUUCCCCAAGAGCCAGAUCUCCGUGUUGCAGAACCGCAUCGAGCAGCUCGAGCAGCUCCUGGAGGAGAACCACCAGAUCAUCAGCCACAUCAAGGACUCGGUGCUGGAGCUGACGGACACGGGGGCGGGGGCUGUGGCGCCCAGCGGCCAGCUGCCCUUCCGCAGUGCCAAUGGUUCCUGGGUUCUUCCGUUUGACGGACGGCCUGCCUUCCUCUCAGUCAUGCCGCAGGACUGUCAGUUUGCCCAGAGCAAGCGUAAAGACCCUGAAUUGCAGAUGCUAGAUGUGUACUCACUGCUGAAGUUCGACAACAUGGACGGCGGGGUGUGGAAACAGGGCUUCGAGAUCACCUACGAGCCCAACGAGUGGGACUCUGAAGACCUGCAGGUGUUUGUGGUGCCGCACUCUCACAAUGAUCCAGGCUGGGUUAAAACGUUCGACAAGUACUACACUGACCAGACUCAGCACAUCUUGAACAACUUGCUGACCAAGCUGACUGAGGAUCCCCGGCGCAAGUUCAUCUGGUCUGAGAUCUCCUUCUUCGUCAAGUGGUGGGAGAGCGUGGACGCGCAGAAGCAAGAGGCCAUGCGCAGGCUCAUCCUCGGAGGCCAGCUGGAGAUGGUGACUGGAGGCUGGGUAAUGACUGAUGAGGCCACUGCUCACUACUUUGCCAUGAUCGACCAGCUCAUCGAGGGCCAUCAGUGGCUGGAGAGACACAUAGGAAUGAACCCACGCUCCGGCUGGGCCGUUGACCCUUUCGGCCACGGUGCCACCAUGCCCUAUCUGCUGAAGAGGGCUAACCUGACCAGCAUGCUCAUCCAGAGGGUCCACUACUCCAUCAAGAAACACUUGGCCGCUAGCCGCAAUCUGGAAUUUAUGUGGAGACAAGCGUGGGACCUUAGUUCCAGCACCGACAUCUUCUGCCACAUGAUGCCUUUCUACAGCUACGAUGUCCCUCACACCUGUGGCCCCGAUCCCAAGAUUUGCUGCCAGUUUGACUUCAAGAGGCUGCCGGGCGGCAGGGUGAACUGCCCUUGGAAGGUGCCCCCUCGGGCCGUGGUCGAGGCCAACGUGGCAGAGAGGGCAAGCCUUCUCCUGGAUCAGUACCGGAAGAAAUCCAAGCUCUUCCGCAGCAAGGUGGUCCUGGUUCCCCUGGGAGACGACUUCCGCUAUGACAAAGCUCUGGAGUGGGAUCAGCAGUUCCUCAACUACCAGAGACUCUUUGACUACAUGAACUCCCAUCCAGAGAUGCACGUGCAUGCUCAGUUUGGGACGCUGACUGACUACUUCAACGCUGUCUACAAAGCGAAUGGAGUGACGCCUGGGACGAGACCCCCCAACUACCCAGUGCUGAGUGGAGACUUCUUUGCUUACGCCGACCGGGAGGAUCACUACUGGAGUGGAUACUACACCUCACGGCCCUUCUACAAGAACUUCGACCGUAUCCUGGAGUCCCACCUCAGGGUAGCCGAGAUCCUUUACAGCCUGGCCGUGGCUCACGCCCGCCACCUGGGCAUGGAGGGCAGGUACCCCGUCUCGGACUACGCCCACCUGACCGACGCCCGCCGAAACGUCGGCCUUUUCCAGCACCACGAUGCCAUCACGGGCACGGCCAAGGAGAACGUCGUCAUUGACUACGGGGCCAGGCUUUUGCGGUCCCUCAUCGGUUUGAAGAAGGUGAUCAUAAACGCAGCUCACUUCCUCACACUGAAGAAUAAAGACCUGUACCGUUUCUACCAGACGGAGCCUUUCUUGGAGACGGACGAGAGGCGAGCGACACAGGACUCUCUCCCGCAGCGCACGCUCAUUGAGAUGGACCCAUCACCAAGGUACCUGGUGGUGGUCAAUCCGGUGGAACAGGAGCGGCUCUGUCUGGUCACCAUCCUUGUGAACUCGCCGAGGGUGCGGGUCCUCACGGAGGACGGGCAGAGCCUCGCAGCCCAACUCAGUGCUCAGUGGAGCUCCCCCACAGAGAUGAGCUCCGACGGGUACCAGCUCUCCUUCACGGCUCGACUCCCUGCCCUUGGCCUCUCCGUGUUCCACCUGUACGACUCUGCCGACUCACCCCUGACCCUGCGCUCCGACUCCCUCCUGCGGCUGAGUGGGCGGACGCAGGCCGGCCGGGCCGUGGAGCCCCUGCAGCUGCGCACGCAGGCUGCGGACGACCGCAGGUUCUACAUCCACAGCCGAAGCCUCACGCUGGGCUUCUCCGGAGCCACGGGCCUCCUGGAGACAAUCCGGCGCACGGGCGACCCUCAGGAGGUGAAGGUCCGCAUGGAGUUCUUCAUCUAUGGCACCCGGCCCUCCAAGGACAAGAGCGGGGCUUAUCUCUUCCUGCCGGACGGAAAACCUAAACACUACACCCAGCGGCAGACCCCAGUCGUCCGUGUCGUGGAGGGCCCCCUCUUCUCUGAAGUGGUUUCUCACCACCAGCACUUCCAGAUAACCGUCCGUAUUCACAACAUCCCAGGGGUAGACGGCCUCUCUCUGGACAUUACCACUGUGGUGGACAUCAGAGAUCAGGCGAACAAGGAGCUGGCUAUGCGCCUGGUCACUGACAUCCAGAGUGAGGACACCUUCUUCACGGAUCUCAAUGGCUACCAGAUUCAGCCACGUCGUUUCUAUAAGAAGCUCCCCCUGCAGGCCAAUUUCUACCCUAUGCCCACCAUGGCUUACAUCCAGGACAGCCAGUACCGCCUCACCCUGCACACGGCCCAGGCACUGGGGGUGACCAGCCUGGACAGCGGCCAGCUGGAGGUGAUCCUAGAUCGACGCCUCAUGCAGGACGACAACCGUGGGCUGGGCCAGGGACUGAAGGACAACAAGAGGACGGCCAACCGGUUCCGGAUCCUGCUGGAGAGGCGAGCCGGCGCUAACAAGCAUGCGGGCUUUUUUGCCACCCUGUCAUCCCUCUUUCAUUUUCUCAUCUCCCACAUCUUUGGAGGCGGAGCUGAUGAGGCCCAGGAUAGCGGCACAGUCAGCUUUCCCUCACUGCUGAGUUACAUGACUUCAGACGUCCUGAACCACGAGGUCCUGGCACUGCCGGUGCUGCCCAAAAAGCGAGGCAUUCCCCCCCUGCGCACCUUCUCGCCACUGGGGGGCACCCUGCCAUGUGAUGUCCACUUGCUGAAUCUGCGCAGCAUCCAGGGCCAGCAGGACAACAGCCCGUCCCCCCACACAGCCCUCAUUGUGCACCGCCGCGGUCUGGACUGCUCCACCGAGGCCCAGAACCUGGGCUUCAACUGUAGCACCACGCAGGGCAGGCUGGCUGUUUCCAGCUUAUUCCAGGGCCUGGACCUCCAGCUGCUCCAGCCGAUGUCCCUAUCCUUCAUGUACUCCGGCAUGCCGCUCGCCAACACCUCCAUCCUCAGGCUCGACCCCAUGGAGAUCUCCACCUUCCGGCUGAAGCUGCGUUAACCCGCAGGCCCAUCCGCAGACGGACCAGUGCCAAAAUGCACCCGCCCGCCCGCCCAACCUCUCACGCCGACCAGCCCGAUGACGACUCACCUUUCUGUCAAUGUGUAUAUAAACUGUUACGGAUAGGGACCGUCCCCUGGGUGAAAACUACUGCGAUCCUGAGUAAGGGCAGCACCCGAUGGAAAGUCUGGUCUGGAGGAUCCAGACAGGCCACGUGAUGAGACCGGCAAUUCUCCAGAGCACAGCUGACAGACCAGGAGCUGCUGGGUCUGUGAUAGACAUACUCUUCUGCUGCUCUUGGGGGUGUUUUAUAUUUAAGUAUCAGUCCUUCACCUUGGUGAGUGCAAUGGGGAAGCUGUCAUGAUGUGAAGGACACGGACUGAGGCGCGAGUGUGAACGGACGCUGUAAUAUUGCUCUGCUCUUCUGCUUUAGGAAACCUGGUCUAAAUAUGAAGUAAAUCCUGACUUAUGCGACCGUGUAGAAGUGCAUCCGAAAGCUGCUGUGGCACAUUUUCUCCCCCCCCCCCCCCCACCGUGGGGUCGUGCUUAAGGUCCCGUUCGAUUCUCGCUAUACUAGGUGUGGUUUUUCGCUGCAUUGAGACCAGUGCGGCACAGGGGGGGAUUGGUAGCUAGCCCCCCCGCCGCCGUCACAGACGCAGUGCGGCUCUGCCCAUUGGAGCCUCGCCUGACGGGUCGGUUGCAGGCGUGGCCCGAGGCCGUGAGGAGCACUGGGCCUGCAGCAUGCGGGUCUGCAGUCAGAUGUCAGCCUGAACCUCGCCGCUGCGGUACUGGGCCUUGUGUAUUAUUAUACCGUAUGCAGUAAAACAUGAUACCUCAUUGAAAGGUAGGACGCCGGGCAUGUUUAUGGCGAGCCUGGGUGGAGGCGGGACAGACUGUGCGUGGGAGGGUGGAGGUGAGCCCCCACUGGCUUGGCCCGUCAGCAGGCCCACUCUGUAGGUGUCGGCUAUGCCCUGCCAAAGGAGCUGACAGGAAGUCCCCGCACCCGUGCUUAUCCAACAGUCACAGUGUAUGCCCUGUCUGUCACCCUACUCUGACCCCCCCAACCAACCUUAUGGCUCACUUUGUUAAAAAAAAAAAAAGUCUUUCGUAUCCUGACCCUUCCCUUGUUGCUCCAGGUUUUGUUUAAGUAGAAAGAUCCACCCACAUGUUCUUAUUUAUUGCUGGUGGUGUUUAUUAAAAAAAGGCAUAUAUGUAAGACAAAGCCAGCUUGCAGGAGCUGAAUUUGAAUAAAGUCACUAUAAGGCA